AUGGCUGUUGAGAAUGCCAUACCGACAACGAGCAGCACCGAUGCCCAAGCCCUCCCAGACGAGCCGAAGCCUGCCAAAAAGGGCUAUGGAUGGCGGUUCUGGGCCAUCUUCCCCGGUCUAUGCGUCGGGGGCUUGCUGAGUGCUCUUGACACAACCAUCCUUUCCACUGUCCUGCCCACCAUAUCCCACAACCUAGACUCCCAAACCGCCGUUCAGCCUUUAUACGGCCAAGUUGCCAAUAUCUUUGGCCGCCGAUGGCCGACCAUCCUCUCCGUGGCUCUCUUCGCCUUGGGAAGUGGUCUCGGCGGUGGCGCAUCGAGUACGGAGAUGCUCAUUGCGGCCCGAGUCAUCCAGGGUCUCGGCGGUGGCGGAAUCAACGUGAGAUCAUUGUUGCCAACCUGGUGCCUCCCCGUCUACUUCCAAUUGGUCCUCGAAGCCACGCCCAAGAAAUCCGGCAUUGACCUAUUCGCCUCCUUCAUCCCCAUGGUCCCCGGCGCCAUCGUCGGCGGAGUCCUCAUCACCGUCACAGGCAAAGACAAGCCGCUCCUCGUCGCCGGGUUCAUCCUCAUGGCCGUCGGAAUGGGCCUGUUCACCAUGCUCGAUGACCGCACCAACACCGUCCGCUGGGUCAUCUACCAAGUGAUACUAGCUCUUGGCUCUGUCAUUUCCCUCAUCGCCACACUUCCCGCUGUUCUGGCCAGUUUGCCCGAGUCCGAUGUCGCGACUGCUACGGCUACCUGGGCGUUUCUGCGUAGUUUUGGUUCCAUUUGGUGUGUUUCGAUUCCCUCGGCGGUUUUUAAUUCGAGGUUUACGGACCUCGUGGGUCGUAUUGCUAGUCCACAGUUGCGGGGCGUUCUUUUGGGUGGUGGUGCGUAUCAACUUGCUACUAAAGCUUUUAUGGAAUCGCUGGAUGAUACGCCUGUGGUUAAGGCGCAGGUGGUGAGCGUGUAUGUGGAUAGCUUGAAGCUUGUGUGGCAGGUUGGCAUUGCUUUUGCUGCGCUUGGGGUGCCUUUGUCUUUGCUGAUUCGGAGUCUUGCGUUACGCGAUGAGUUGAAUGCCGAGUUUGGGCUUGAGGAGACAAGGACAGAGAAUGUCGAGGAGGUUAGGGUGCAGUGA